AUGGAUCGCCUCGGAGUACUCGAGAUCAAUGAUGAACCUGCACCUCACAAAAAGCAGCGGAAGCAGACCCAACGUCCAAGCAAUACGGGUCUUUAUGAAAAACGUCGACCAAAAAGAAAAAGCACGUUCUGUUGCUUUACAAUCGACGAGGAAAGCGACGGCGGUGCACCUUCAAAGCCUAUCCAGAAACCCAUGCAACAACGUCCAACUGGGUCAUCGUCAAGCCAAACGCCGUAUCAAAGAACCCCAAAGCCGAGUUCAACUCGACCUCCUCAAAAUGGGCGAGUCCCAGCACAGUCCACCUAUGGUCAAAGCCAAGGCCAAACCAGACCCCAAGCCCAGAAAGAAAGACACUCAUCAACAUCCUCCCAAACCCAAUCCCUACUAUCCUGGAUCCCCCCAACAAUCUCCCCCCAAACGACCUCAAUCCUCCUCACAGAACUAGCCAAACCAAUUUCCUCAGCCGACGAUGAAGGCUACAUCUACAUGUUCUGGGUCACGCCCCAAAUAACCACCAACGCCAAAGGCGACCCGCCCCAAACCCAAGAACCCCCAUCCAGAGAUCUAGCAGCAUCCCUAAUCCCACCAACAGCCCCAACCGACAGCACGCAUCUCAGACCUCCAACCCAGUCUCGCAGCGUAAGCGACGCACUCCGCGCGGCAGGGGAUCUCAACGCCCUGUCCUCAAACCCGACCUCCACAUCUCCCGGCACGAUCAGACUUAAGAUUGGUCGGACGAGCAACGUGCACAGACGGUUGAAUGAGUGGUCUAAGCAGUGCUCACAUGACUUGACGCUUAUUCGGUACUAUCCAUACACAUCGUCUUCGUCAUCUUCUUCUUCUUCGUCGCCAGCUAGAAGGAAGGAAAAAAGUGCGAAAGACACGCUAGCGCCUGGUCGGAAGGUUCCGCAUGUCCAUCGUGUCGAGCGGCUGAUUCAUCUUGAGCUGGCUAGUCUGCGCGUGAAGGAUUUGGGAAAGUGUCCUGACUGUGGGAAGGAGCAUCGGGAGUGGUUUGAGGUUGAGGCUGAGAAGGAGGCUCUGAAGAGAGUUGAUGAUUGUGUUAGGAGGUGGGUUUCUUGGGGGGAGUCUGUUUGA